AAAAUAUCUGAAAAAAUGUAGAGGAGCGCAGCGGCUGGAAACUGCGCGGCCGGGCUGCAGCCCCUCCAUCCAUUCACACCACGUUUUGGCUCGUAACGAUGCGUCGGCCGGAGCGAGCGGGCUGGGGACGUGGCCCUGCGCGGCUCCCGGAGCUGCUGUGGCCGGCGUGGCUGCUGUCCGCGGCUCUGCUGGCGGCUGGAGAGAGCCUUUUUGUGACCGAAUACUUCACCCGCACGCCUCGUAAGCUGAAUGCGUUCAACUCCUUCGCCAGUGUGGAACUGUUCCACUUCAAUGUGCCUGACGACACCAUGAUGGCCGUAUGGAACCUAAUCACCUUCAAGGAGCAAGGAGGCACAUUUGGGGACAGCUGCCCCAACCGCAACGUGACGGUGUACUUCAGGUCAGGGGCUCCUCCAGUAAUCAACCCCCUGCAUACUAGCUUCCCUCUGGAUACAGUCGUGCCAGGGUCCUUCGCCGUGACUCUAACUUGGACUCUGCCAAACCGUACGACCGGAGCGUUCAACGUGACCAGCCCUCUGCCUGGGGACUGGUUCCUAGCGGCACAUUUACCCAAGGAUGAAGGGAAGAUCUCAGUCAAGGGUCUGUCAGAGGAAUGCCAGUAUCUGUUCCAACCACAGCUCAUCGUCCAGAAGCUCAUUGGAAUUUCAGUGCUUUAUCCUGGAUAUUUCAUUGACCAGAUGAUCCCAGUCCACAAUAGAUCUGCACUUUACAAGGUAUUCAUCCCCAAUUAUAUAUCAAAGGUGAAGGUUCAGCUGGUAAACUGCAGCACCAAGAACAGGAGCAGCGACAGCUGUCCCGUGGUGCUGAAGAUAAGAGCACGGGCGCCGCCGGUGCAUAAUUCAAGUGCCCUCGACUGCAGGGAGUGGAGCCCGUGUGAAUUAGUCACCGUCGUACCCGCCUGGGAGCAGUGGUACUACAUCCUUGUGGAGAGGUAUCUGAGUAACUCUGACGUCUACUUUCGCAUCGGCGUUCAAGUCACGGAUUGCUCCAAGCUCAGUUCGCAGAAGGACCGAGCACAGCCCAGCUCCUACAUGAACAUGCCUCAGUCCUUCGGAACGGCCAUGGGGUUUUCCUUGUCCGACACGCUCCUGAUGGCGGCCCUGCCGGGCCUGACCCAGAACGCCAGUCACCUCCACACCUCGGAGGAGAGCAUCAUUUACCUCGCACCCACUGCGGACACCAACAAGUGUUGGCCCAUCCGUCCAACCCUGCGCAACGAGCUGGACACCUUCUCCGUGCACUUCUACAUCUUCUUCGGUCCAAAUAUAUCAGUUCCACCGGACAGGGCUGCUGUGUUUGCCAUCAACCUGAUGCCUGUUCUGGACAGCGGAGGAGUGCUCAACAUGGAGCUCAAGCUAAAUGUGUCUGCGCUGAAAGGAGCUAAUGUCACGGUCUUUGGCUGCCUGAACCAUGGGAUGCCUCUUUUCUUGCGAGAAAACUCAUCACUUAAAUGUGAAUCAGAGUCUGCGGCUGGGUUUUUCCUCUCUGUGAACGUAUCUUCCAACAUCACCAAGCUGAGAAUUCCCUACCCACAAACGGGCACUUGGUACCUGAGUCUACGCUCGCUCUGUGCCACUCCACAUGGAUUCAAGGCGUGCACCAACGUGACAGCUGAGGUGUACAUGCGCUCGUACCUCACCCCGUGCAUCAAUGACUGCGGGACAUAUGGACAAUGCAAGCUUCUGCGCACCAACAACUACCUUUAUGCUGCGUGUGAAUGCAAAGCAGGCUGGAACGGUUGGGGAUGCACCGACAACUCGGAGGCCUACUCCUACAGUUUCCAGCUGCUCUCCACCCUCCUGCUCUGUCUCAGCAACCUCAUGUUCGUUCCGCCGGUUGCCAUCGCCAUUCGGAGCCACUACCUGCUGGAGGCGUCCGUGUACAUCUUCACCAUGUUCUUCUCCACGUUUUACCACGCGUGUGACCAGCCGGGUAUUGUGGUCUUUUGCAUCAUGGAGUACGACGUCUUGCAGUUCUGUGACUUCCUCGGUUCGCUCAUGUCCGUGUGGGUCACUGUCAUCGCUAUGGCUCGUCUGAAGUCCAUCAUCAAACAGGUGCUGUACCUGCUGGGGGCCAUGUCUCUGUCCAUGGCUUUGCAACUGGACCGUCACGGUCUGUGGAACCUGCUGGGACCCAGUCUGUUCGCUCUGGGGAUCAUGGCCGUGGCAUGGACGGUGCGCACCAUCCGGCGCCGCCGCUGCUACCCGCCCACCUGGAAGCGCUGGGUGUUCUUCCUCUUCCCGGGCACCAUGAUCGCCACCUCCGCCGUGGCGCUGUACGCCUUCGUGGAGACGGAGGAGAACUACUUCUACAUCCACAGCAUAUGGCACAUGCUGAUCGCCGGGAGCGUGGGCUUCCUCCUGCCGCCGCGCGCCAAACCCGACGCCAAGGUCACCCCGCUGAAGCGCAAGCGCGGCUGCGGCUAUCAGCUGUGCGUGAACGAGCACGAAGAACUGGGCCUGGUGGAUCCAGCCAUCAUAUCCAUCAACAGCAUCUGCAAGAGCUGAUGAACUCUCCACUCACAACCUUUUACCUUAGAGACACUUCAUUGCCUUCUUUUAACUUGGGAAAUUCACACAUGGGAAAUUAAGCCACAGAACUUGGAAAAAGUAAAAAAAAAAAAAAAGAAGAAGGAAAAAAAAACAACAAUGUAAAUACUUAAAUCCUAAUGUGACACACUGGAAUCCUUGUUUUUCUUUCUGUUGUAAUAGUCAUGGUAAUUACAACCAAUAUGUAAUUAUGAUUAUCUAUAGUCAAAGUUCUGAUGAAUUGUGGGUGUACAGUGACACACUGUUGUUUGUGAAUAUGUAUUUAAAGUCAAAGCUGAAACACUGCUGCUAUCUGACGGUGACUGUAAAACUGCUUCUGUUGGUCAUUACUUGUUGGUCUUGUAAGCAGGUAUUUUAUUGUAGGGGGCACAGGUGAACGGGGGGAGCACGGUUAGACAUUUAGCAAUGGCACGGCUUUUUUCUUCCUUUUUUGUUUUUUUAAUUCUUUUGAGAUAUAUCUUUUGCACUGAGACACAAAAAUGUUCUGUAAAUUUUUAUAUAAAAGUAUAAACACCAGUGGGCAUCACCAAUGUAAGACAUAGUUGUCAUGUGGAAUGUUAGACCGUCUUUUUGCAGAUUGCAAUGUAUCACUUUUACACAACCGUGCUGAUUGUUCAUGGAGGGAAGAAUUCCAAAGUUCCUAAAAAGAGACGUGGGAAGGCACGAAUACUACAGAGACCUCAAAACAAAGACCUCACUUCCCUCCUCUUUUCUGACAGGACCUGUGUUACACCACGUUCAUGAACAAUAAAUGUUUUCUUUCUUUG